AUGGCGCGCUGCGCGUGUUCUGCUAAUCUUCGACCGGUAGGUGAUUUAUCGAUCCACAAAAAUUCCAUUAAUUUUGCUGUUGCCACUGCAGAGUUAGGCACAUGA